CACCCAGGCCCUUUGCAAGCAAAAGGAAGCUGCUAGAUAGCAGCACACUCACACUUUUUAACUAUUUCUUCUGUCAGUGGCAAUUUCUGCAUCUGAUCCCAUUCUCUAUCCUCACGUGCAGGGCAGCCAGAUGUUCCUGGAAUAGAUUCAAAACCCACGUGGUCAGCUAAAAAGAGGCUCGGGAAACUGAUACAGUGACCUGCAGAACCCAUGGAAAGGUGAAAAGAACAAGACUCCUUGAUGCUGCAGACAACUCCACAUCAGAACACUGAAGUCUGAACUGGAUACAGAAAAGCAAAAUGGCUGCCUUCAUUGCUGAAAACUUCCGCUUCCUUUCACUUUUCUUCAAGAGCAAAGAUGUGAUGAUUUUCAAUGGCCUGGUGGCUCUGGGCACUGUUGGAAGCCAAGAACUUUUCUCUGUGGUUGCUUUCCAUUGUCCAUGCUCCCCAGCCAGGAACUACAUCUAUGGUCUGGCUGCCAUUGGUGUACCAGCUCUGGCCCUGUUCGUCAUUGGUGUCAUCUGGAACACUCACACUUGGAACUUGGUAGCUGAGUGCCACAAACGAGGAACCAAGAACUUUUCAGCAGCAGCCAACUUCUUGAUCUUUGGCUCUGUCAUGGGACGGGCUGCAGUUGCUCCUGUUACAUGGUCCGUGAUCUCACUGCUUCGUGGAGAGGCUUAUGUCUGUGCCUUGAGUGAAUUCAUAGAACCUACAUCUCUGGAUAAGUUUCCACCUGGCUACGGAGCAGAAACCAUGGCCAGGUUCCCUUGUAAAGAUGUGCCGCAAAACUUGACAAGAUUUCAGGAUGAGGUUAUAAGACGAUUAAAAUAUGAGUCUCAGCUGUUUGGGUGGGUGCUCAUUGGUGCGGUUGCAGUUCUUGUGUUCAUCACCAAGUGCCUCAAACACUGCUGCUCACCACUCAGCUACCGCCAGGAGGACUACUGGAAUCUGUACCGCUCCAGCGAGGCCAAACUCUUCCAGCGCACUGCUGAGAUACACUCGAAGGUUGUGGCUGCAAACAACGUCAAAAACUUCUUUGGCUUUGUGUGUCUGGAUAAGGAGGAGAAGGAGUUGGUGCAGGAAUUUGCUGUCGAAACCCUUCAGCCCAGGCCACAAUGGGAUGCCAUCACAGGGGUCUAUAUCUAUCGGGAGAAGAACGGCUUCCCCCUCUAUAGCCGUCUCCAUAAAUGGGCCAAAGGUGUGACAGGAAACAGCUUAGGUCCCGACAGCCAGGAAAUGGCCUUCUUAGCUACCUAGCAAAAGCUGUGGACUUAAACACAUUUCCCUGUUGGGAGUAAGUCCCACUGAACUCAAUAGGGUUUACUUCUGAGCAUACAUGCAUAGAAUGAACUGGACUAUAAGAGUGACCACCGCUCUUGGUACAUCUAUGCUGUAACCUGCCUUCAUUUUAUCUGUUGACCUAAGCUCUCAGCAAAAGAUAUGGCUAAUGGAUUUGAUGUGAGUGGUCAUCCGAAAGACUACAUUUCGAAACAGAAAUUGAAGGAGCAGCAGAAUGUCUGGAACUGUGGACUACUAAACUAAGACCACAGGACUGCGAGUCAAAGAGAAUAAUAAAUCUAAAAGAAAACAUUGCAGCUAAUCUCUUGGAUGGGGACAGCUGGUCUGAUACCCAGAGGCCUCUCACUGAUGUAUUCCCACAUACAAUGGAAAGAAGAGGAAAUGAACUGGAUGUUCUGCUUACUCAAAAAUUGCUGAUUAUUUUCCUCCUCAUUUUGGAGACAAUAUAAUGCCAUCAUGCAGCUGUGCCUUAACUUACUUUUGUUUGACUUCCUCCAGGAGGGCUCAAACAUACAUAUAUAUAUAUAUGUAUGGGUGGGGAACCUGUGGUCCUCCCAGAGGCUGCUGAACUCCAGCUCACAUCAGCCCCACACAGCAUGGCCAAUGAUCAGGGGAUGAUGCAUGCUGUAAGCUGGAAACACGUACAGUCAUACCUCGGGUUGAAUGCGCUUCGGGUUGAGCGCAUUUGAGUUGCGCUCUACGGCAACCCGGAAGUAACGGAAUGUGUUACUUCUGGGUUUCGCCGCUUGCGCAGCAAAAAGCGACGCAUGCGUGCGCAGAUGAGCCGUCACUAGUUACGUUUGCUUCUAGAUGCGAACGGGGCUCCAGAACGGAUCCUGUUCGUAUCCAGAGGUACCACUGAGGUAGGCAACAAUUUUCUGAUUGCUAAUACAGGAAAUUAUCAGCAGAGUCUCUCAGAACCUACUUCCAUAUCAAGAUUCAGGGCUAGGACCCAUGGGAUUGGCUGAAUUCUGGUUUUGUGAGUGGCAUCUGCUGUACUUCCUCCACAGGAUUAAAAAACAACAACCACCUAACUGACCUAGAAUGGAUUAUUUUAUUUAAUGGACAAGACUCUGCAGUUUGCACUUUUAUGAUCCCGUUUCUCAUUAUGACUCUUGUACAUGUCUUCCCAUGUACUGGACUUCAGAUGAUAGCACAAUUGUCUCUGAAUAACUGUCUACCAGCAAAGAGCUACUAUUGCUUUCCCCAUUUAUUUCAAUUAUCUUCAUAUCCUUUACUAAAAAUGUUGCAAGGGUCAUCUUAGUUUGGGGACCAUCCUUUCUUAAUAAAAGUUUGUGGGCGAGAGUUGAAAAGUAUGGUAAAGGGUCCUGCUUCAAGGGUCUGUUGUCGAAAGGGUGACUCCCCAAAUUAUUAAAUCAGGGAUUUUAUCUAAUUACCUGAAUUGCUGCUAUACCAAAAAGCACUUCUAUUUAUUUCCAGGAUGGCUAAUAGGUGGCCUCCAGAUAUUGGACUCCAGUUCCAAUCAGCUCUAGCCAGCAUGGCCAAUGGUCAGAUUAUGGGAGUUGCAGUCUAACAAUAUCUAGAGGCGCACAGGUUCCCUAUCCAUGACAUAUUCUACCUUUCGCAAGGUAUGAACAUUUAGUAUCCUCAGCAAAAACCAUAAUCAGAAUUUGAUUCCUGCUUGGAGUUUUAAGCCACACUAAGAUAAACAGAAGACCUGAAGACCUUCCUUUUCCUGGCUGAGGGACCCUAUAAGAAGUCCGAUAUCAUGUACUGUAAUUUGAUUUUGUGUUUUUUCACUCCACGGCUCUUUCUAAAUGAUGUUAUAAUUUCUCAUGGCUUUUAUGGUCUUCCUUAUUCAAAUAUGGCACAGACCACAUGGACUGUAUAAACAACAUGAUCCAAGGUAUGUUUUGUCAUUUUUCAUGGUUCCAGUAAAUGCUGCAACA